CAGACUGCAUGGCUUUAAGACCAGCUAAGCUAUUAAUUAAUAAUUUCUGUUUCUGAUAAUUUGGCCUUGGUUGGAUUAACAUAUUGUUUAUUUUAUAGUUUAUUAAGUAGCCUACUAGAUGUGUUGGGGAAUUUAACAUGUAAUAUUUUAAUUAUAUUCUGCUGAAAUAAAUGAAAUGACUCGGAAAAAAAGAUUCGUUCAUUUGGCUGAACGAGAUUCAAAGAUCCGAGUCAGUAAAAUGAUCCGAAUUUCCCAUCAUUAGCCCCAGAGCGCUAGGACCUCUCGUCGUUAAUUACUCUCUCACGCGCGCUAAUUAACUUGCAGUGGAUGUGCAGGUGCGCUUGAGAAGGUAGCUGUAGGUUCCUGGUGACCGCGUGUCUCGUUGUCUGUCAUGGCCAGAACCGGAUUCUGUGAUUCCAGGACACUGCUGGACCGUAAGGCAGAAGAAGCCCGAUUCCCUUUGCGCGCGUGGGCGAACGCAUGCACUGUGCGGGAGCGAGGGGUGCUGAGUGAGGGAGAGGAGCAGAAACAGCAGCCCAAAGCGGACAAUACAGAGCACAGAUGGGUCCAGCGGUUGCUGUUAUUUGCAGAAGAUGGAAUCAUUAUGGAGUUUUCGCAGCAGAGCGGAUCAGUUGUUCCUGCAGUGGAGCAUUAUGAGGAGGAGGCUGUGUUGAAUCACCUGCAUGGUUUACAGCUUGCACCCACACUAAAAGAUCUAGUUCCUGAGCUGGUGCGCAGAGAGAUAGAAGUGGCAAUGAGCAAACUUGGGCUGCUGUAUGACCAUACAUACACAUGGGACAUUUUUUCUGACAUGAUGAGGAGUCAGCAGCACCUUGCUCUGAGCAGCGAACUGCCAAAGCCAUUUACCAAAAAAACGCGUGCCAUUUUGGUGGACUGGCUCAUUCAGGUUCAUGAAGCAUUUAACUUCUCAGAGGAGACUCUGUAUUUAGCAGUGCACCUGCUAAACCGUGUGCUCCGGCUUAUCAAAAUCUCCAUCUCCAGUUUACAGCUGCUUGGUGUUGUCUGUCUAUUUCUUGCUGCAAAGAAAGAAGAGUGCCUGCUGCCAGAGGUAUCUGAGCUGUGCUACCUAAUGGCGAACACUUACAGUAAGAAGCAGUUGUUGCGGAUGGAGCGCAGAGUUUUGUGCACACUGAAGUUUGACCUGUCUCUCACACCACCCAUUCACUUCCUGCUUCUGUCUGCAUACAUUGCGUGCUGUGGUGAGAAGGUGAUCUGCAUGGCACGGUAUCUGUUGGAGCUCUCUCUCCUUGAAGCGGAGUGCGUGUGUUUUAUUCCAGUUCAACUGGCUGCUGCUGCUCUUCGUCUUGCACGCCAUCUCAUUCAGGAGCCGCACACACCUGAGAGCGAGGCGGCCUGGUGUACUGCAUCUACUAUUUACUUGGGCAGUCUUAUCAUUGUGUACAGCGAGGCAACACUCUUCACAAUCAUGCACAUCAUGGCCGCUGCUGCAGCGCGAGCUCACAACCAAGAAACUCGAGCGACAUUUGUCAAAUUCUCUACAAAGGAGAUGCUGUAUGUGAGUCUGCAUCCUGCACUGAAGAGUGCUCUGUGCCUACUGAGCCUACAGACCUGAACAAUAUUAACAGUAAAAAGUAGUGUCUGUAACUGAAUGUUUGUAUCUGUAUCUUGUUACUCUUUUUUUUUUUUUUUUUUUUUUACCAAUUUGUCAAAAAAAGUUUAAAUUUGUGUUUGUAUCCAUUUUAAUUAUUUGAAUUAAAAGUGCUUGUUGGAAAAUUAAUAUACUGAAAAUUUAAGCCUCCUUAUGGGGUGCCAUUCCUGUGGUUUGUUUAAAAAUAUUUUAGUUGUGGAGGAGAAAAUUAUAAACUGGAACAAGAGACUUUUAUUCAGUGUGAAACUAUUAUAAUUAGUCUCAAUUCUUUUUAAUAGUUUUAAAACUUGUACAAUAUAUGCGGGCACUCGACCAUCAUACCCAUAUGUGGGUCUUCCCUAAACUGUUGCCACGAAGUAUGAAGCACACAGUUGUAUAGUGUUUGAAUGCUAUAGCAUUAACCCUUGUAUGUGUCAAUUAAGUUACAUAUAGGUCCAUACAGGACAAUGUCCAUGUCCAAAAACUGUCAAAUAUUCUAUAUUAUUUGUUCCACUUUCACUGAUGUCGAUUUUAUGAACUUUUUUUCCUUCUCUUCUGCAUAUUUUUCAUGCAGUGUGAGAUUUAAAAAAACAAAAACAAAACACACACACACAAAAAAACUACCACUCCGGUCCAAAAAGGGCAAAAAUGUCCAUGUAAAAAAAAAAAAAAAAAAGCCAUAGAAAUAUAUUAAUAUUUUUUCCACUUUCACUGACUUCUAUUUUGACCAGCAUCAGUUCUGAUCAUAACUACCAAACAUCUUCAGAAUUUUAACCCUUUAAAUGCUCAAUAACCUUCUUGGACUCCUAUACCUGGGGUGGGAUUUGUGAUUUCCAGUACACACAUACAAACCACAACUCUGAUAUCCAUAAAAAAAACACCCAUAACUUAUACUGCCAAUAAACCAGUAUCCAAGAGUAAAGUGUCUAAGUGACAAUGUAUGUGAA